GCAAGCUGAUGUCGUGCAAAUUACCGGCGUGAGGCGCGAACUGCUGGAGUUACCCCAAGUACGCGGCCGAACUCUAUUUGGAUUUUCUUUUUCCUUUAAAAAGAGACCUCAAGCCUGCUGGUUUGGUCUCUCUCUCAGAAAUCAAUCAGAUCAGAAUCAGCAGAAAACACUUCACUCGGUCUGUCAUCAUGGGUAUCCCCUACUUGUUCGAAGAUAAUGAAAAAACCUUCCAGACUCAGGAAUGGUGUUUCCUUCUAUCCCAGUCUGCAGACGUCUACAAGAAUUGUGUUGUCAAGACAAUCACACACGUCAAGAACCUCCGCUCCAAGGUCGUUCACGAGUACCUUCAGGCAAUCAUCGAAGACGUGGACACUGGUAACCGCACCCGCCUCAUUGCUGAACGCCAGACCAAACAAGACCAGGUCAUCCUUGGCAGAUGGGCCUCUAAGAAGUCCUUCGAACUGCUAAGUAGUAGUAGCAGCAGCAGCAGCAGCCCUUCGGGGGAUCUUCCUCUGCCACUGUUCAGCAUCACAUUCGACUCUCCUAGCUUCAAAGUCUUGGACCUGGCUGGAAUCCUGGCUAAAACCACCGAAAUAGGUGGAAGCUACAACUUGUUGACAAAGAACUGCUACUGGUUUGCAUACACUGCGUACACAGCUCUCAAACUGAAAUUCAACGGCCUCGAAGAGCAUUGGCACUUUUGGAAGUGGAGAGGUAGCCUCAUUCUUUUCAAAGGGAAAGCUGGGGGCAAGGCCGGUGAAUUCCAGGUAGAAAUAGACAGUAGAAUGAGGUGGGCUCCCGGCAAGCCUACACCUACCUGGGAAUUCCUGGAUGAGUUCUACAAGAGCGUUAUUCGUUUAGAAGCAGAUAGUAGCGAAGAAGCCGAGGAUAUCAUCGAGGAAAAUCUGACGACCUACAUCAUGAGUGACAUGGAUAAAAGCAAAACCUUGGGUGCUAUGCAGUACGCGGAUUUCCCACAAAAUCUGUCUUCUGACCUCGGCUUGGAUGAAGCGUACGAGGAAGCCAAACAACUUAGCGGAAUUUCUGAGUAUAUCAAAGUCUACAACGACUACAAAGAGAACGAACGGGUUCAAGAACCCGAUAAUUACGAAGUCCUCACUCCUGAGGGCUUCCAAGCCCUGGAGCUGACUCCAGAAGAUACAGAGAAGCUCGAAUAUUCUGUUAAAGCUAUGGUUGGGCAAAUUCUGGCUGAGUACUAGACGGCUUGGUCUCAUUGUGGAGAUAGCACAUUUGUCGGUCGAAGCUAUAGCCUGCACAGAAAAAGUUAGGAUUAGGUUUAGGGGUAGCGAGUCGGAGGCGAGCUACGUGCUGGGGACUGCUUUCGUAAACACAGUAAUGAAGAAGAGCAAGAUUUCUACUCCAUAUGCCCGACUGCACCCGACCUCAAGUCCACUUACUCGCUUGUUCAUUGGUCGCUUAGUUGAAGCUUCACCUCCUCCCAGUCUAUACCAUAAUACCACCGACCGUUUUCGGAUCGAGCAUCGAAUUCUACCAUCAAUAAUGAAGUUCUUCUGUAUCA